AUUUUUCAAUAAAACAAAAGUAAUGGAAUUUUAUCUUUAUGUUCUUGCUUAGAAUAUGUCAUAAAUGCAUAGUUUUAUGUUAACUUUUAGUAACAGUACGAAAAUUGUUCAUCGCAAGCGUCAUCAUUACAUUCGUAGUUUCCAUCAGUGACGCUCAUGCUAACGAAACUUUGAACAAUCACAUUUUUAUUCUUAUCAAAUUUAACGCAUUAUCACUGUCAGAAUGUUGAAUUAUUAUGAAUCUUUCUACACAUUUAAUUUAAGUAGAAUUUCCUAAAUUUUUGUGAAACUUGGAAAAGUUUAUCGCGUAAUGAGUGUCACUGAUUUCCGCCAUUCCCUCUGCGCCCCUUCGGACAUAUCAUCUUGUUAUGAUAGUCUCGUUCUUGUCUCGAAUCUGAAGACGUUAAUGACUGCACCAUCGAAAUUCAUAUCUACUGUCAGUUUCCUAACCUCCUCACCGACGAAUGUCCCGGUGUUUCGUGUUGUGAUCAAUUAACAGUGACUUGUAAUCAUAUAACAUGAUGUCGCGGUCAGUGCGUGCAGAGACUCGUAGUCGUGCCAAGGAUGAUAUUAAGCGUGUAAUGCAAGUCGUUGACAAAGUUCGCCAUUGGGAAAAAAAAUGGGUUACGAUAGGAGAGACUACUAUGAAGAUUUACAAGUGGGUGCCUAUAUCUUCGCUUGAUCAGAAGAAGAAGGGAAAAACAGGAGCAGAGAAGGAAAAUGGAUUGCCAAGAAAAAGUGGACUAGAUUCUUCAAAUUCUAAUUUUGGUCUCACAGAAGAUUCAAACACAUGUUUCUCAACAGUUAGCGAUUCGCAAGGAUUAACAGAUUUCUCUGCACAUUUGGGAUUUUCUGAAGACUCGAAUUCUCAAAAUAGUGAACCAACACCUAAGAGGUUAAAGACUGAUUAAAGUUUAUUCUGUGACUGUUAUUUGGAAAAUGAGGUAUUUAGGAAAUCAUUUACAUCUUAUAUGAAUUUGCACGCGAUAAGAUUAUCUUAGAUCAUAGUUGUGAAUGGUUAGAUUGAAAGAUAUUUCUUCAUUUUCCAUUUUACACCCCAUGUUUAGUGAAAAUUUGUAUGUAUCGAAGAAACGAGUAAUUGUAUGAAUCAACUUGAUUUAUGUGUAGUGAGAUUUAUUUUUUUAUACAUGGAUUUGUUA